GAUGGACAGAUUUGCUUUGGUAAAAUCUUAUAUUUUACAUGGCUGUCUGUUGAAGCAGAUCCUGGCAAUGAAGAAGACUGGCAGUUUGCAAAUGUUGCAUUGAUUUGGUUAUAUUCUCCCUCCGAUGAGUCACUUCUCAAACCCUCAUCACAAACUGUUGCUUCCUGCACUCACCUCAAUGAAGUUUGCAUUCUUGAUGUCAAGAAAAUGCUCAGUGUUGUCACCAUGGUUCCACACACCCCAACACUCCCCUCAGGAGUUACUGAGCCCUGUUUUUUCAUGAUGGAGAGACCAGGUUUUGAUAUAUCA